AUGUUGUCAAUUUAGAAAGUAAAUAUUGCCUCUCUCUAUAACAGAAAUGAAGAAUACAAAUCUUGUAAUCGUGAGACUGAUAGAGAAGAUGGUUCAAAAAUUUGUAUACUUCUAUAAUAAUUUUAGAGAAGUUCAAAGAUAUAUUGCAUUAAAAUAUUAUACCUAUCAAUGAAUUAUUACAUUUGGCAUGGUCAGGAGUGCCUAGUGAACUCAGAAGUACAGUUUGGAGACUUUUACUUAAAUAUUAAUCUCCAAAUAGAGAUGCUAAUGUAUAUAUAUGAUAAUAGACUUAAUUAGUUUGCAAUUAUAGAAAGAAAAAGAAGUAUGUACUAUGAAAUGUGUGAUAUUUAUUUUGCUAAAAAUCAAUAAUAUGAUGAAAGAGAGAAGAAGAUUCUAAAAUAAAUUUCAGAAGAUGUUAAACGCACAAUACCAGAUUCUGCAAUAUUUAGAAACCCUUAAAUUUAAAUUUUAUUAGAAAGAAUCCUUUUUAUUUGGAAUAUACGAAAUCCUGCAUGUGGAUAUGUACAAGGAAUGAAUGAUAUCGUUAGUCCUUUUUUGGUUGUCUUUUUAUCUGAUUAUAUUGAUAUUGAUACAACAAAAUUACAAUUCACUAAUGAAAAACAAUUAGAUCAUUUAGAUUAAAGGUUAAUUAAAUAAGUAGAAGCAGAUUCUUAUUGGUGUCUUUGUAAAUUAUUAGAGAGUGUACUUGAUAAUUAUACUAAUUCUUAACCAGGAUUGGUCAGAUUCUAUAACAAAUUUAAAGAAAUAUUAUCAGCAUUAGAUAAAAAACUAUAUGAACAUCUAACUACAUCAUUAUGUAUAAUUAUAUUUUUAAUAUUUAGCAAUGGAAUUAUAUUCAUUUAUUUUUAAAUGGAGUACUUGUAUGUUAUUAAGAAUGUUUCAAUUUGAAGUUGGAUUAAGAUUAUUUGAUACUUUAUUAGCUGAAGAAUAAAGUAAUCUAAUAUAUAUAUUAUUUAUAGAUUAUUUUGAAUUGUGUCUUUUCAUAAUCAUAUCUAUUUUAAUGAAAUUUUCACUUAAAAUAUAGAAAUUGUAAUAUGAUGAAAUAAUGAUACUACUAGAAAAAUUACCAACAAGAGAAUGGUCAGAAUCUGAUUUAAGUCUUUGUUUAUCUGAGGCUUAUGCUUACUAAAAGAUAUUUUCUAAAAAAUGA